GGAUAUUCCAGUUUCUCUUCUUCAAGUCCCAAUUUAUAGUAUUCUAGCACUUGUACCUUCUAUCUUUGCCAAAACUCAUGCUGGAUUUCUUUAUACCAAGUGCUAUUUAUCCAGUAGAGCUUAUCAAGAACCUCUAAUGGAAGCUUUUGAAUGA